AGCCCCACCAAUUUAUCCACCAAUUCACCACCAGAGGCUUCACUGUCUCCCCUCUUCUUCUUCUUCUUCUUCUUCUUCUAGGUCACUCCGGUCCUAUCUUUCAAGAAACUUCAAAACUUUUCUCUCUUUAAAUUCAUGGCUACUUACUUUAUCUUUAUGUUUUAUUUAAUAUUUCUAGUAGUAUUUACACUUUUCUCUGCAUCAUCAGUAUCUUCAUCGUCCCAAUUUGUUCUUCUGCCUCUUACCCACUUCCUAACCAAAUCAAAAUUCACCUCUACCCACCACCUCCUGAAAUUCACCACUACCCGCUCCGCCACCCGCUUCCACCGACACCGCAACCACCACCAACAAGUGUCUCUCCCUCUCUCGCCUGGCAGUGAUUACACUCUUUCCUUCUCCCUUGGCAACUCCAACUCCUCUGUUUCUCUCUAUCUCGACACUGGCUCCGACCUCGUCUGGCUCCCCUGCCAUCCUUUCGAAUGUAUUCUUUGUGAGUCCAAACCCGAAAAGGCUCAACCUUUAACAAUUUCCUCCACCGCCUCAACGCUUUCUUGCCAAUCCCCUGCUUGUUCCGCCGCUCACUCUUCUCUUCCCACUUCGAAUUUGUGCGCCAUCGCUAAAUGUCCCCUCGACUCCGUUGAAACUUCUGAUUGUGAAUCUUUCUCUUGUCCCCCGCUUUAUUAUGCUUAUGGAGAUGGCAGCUUGAUUGCUUCUCUCUAUAACGAUUCUUUAUCCAUGCCAAUUUCUUCACAGAAGUAUUUGGUUCUUUCUAACUUCGCCUUCGGUUGCGCCCACACCACUCUGGCGGAACCUGUCGGCGUUGCUGGCUUCGGUCGUGGAGAAAUCUCAUUUCCAGCUCAGCUUUCUUCUUUAUCUCCUCAACUGGGCAACAGAUUUUCUUACUGUCUUGUUUCUCACUCGUUUGAUUCUGGUAAAACUCAUCUCCCGAGUCCGCUAAUUCUUGGCCGCUAUGAAGGUAAAGAGAAAGUUGAAAACGGGGAAGAAGCUGAGUUUGUGUAUACUGAAAUGUUGGAUAAUCCGAAACAUCCGUAUUUUUAUUCCGUUGGGCUCAAUGGAAUCUCAGUUGGGAAGAAGAAUUUUCCGUCUCCUGGGUUUUUAAAAAGAGUUGACAGUAAGGGGAAUGGCGGGAUGGUGGUGGAUUCAGGGACGACUUUUACAAUGUUGCCCAAGAGUUUGUAUGAUUCAGUAGUUGCUGAGUUUGAUCGCCGAGUUGGAAGGUAUUAUCAAAGGGCUAGCGGUAUUGAGGAAAAGACGGGGCUGAGUCCGUGUUAUUACAUAGAGAAGGCGGGGAAUGUGCCAAUGGUGAAGUUGCAUUUUACGGGUAAUGAAUCGAGCGUGGUGUUGCCCAGAAGGAAUUAUUUUUACGAGUUUCUGGACAGCGGAGAUGGGUCGGAGAAGAAGAGGAAUGUGGGCUGUUUGAUGCUAAUGAACGGUGGUGAUGAAGAAGAGUUGAGUGGUGGGCCAGGAGCUACUCUAGGUAAUUAUCAGCAGCAGGGAUUUGAAGUGGUUUAUGAUUUGGAGAAAAGAAAGGUUGGGUUUGCAAGAAGGAAGUGCGCAUCUUUGUGGGAAAACCUGAACAAAAACUAACACAACACAGGUGGCGUUAGGGGGGUUUUGAGUUGCGGUUGGUGAAUAUUUGGUUUCAGUCAGCACUUCAUUUUUUGCUUUAAGGAAAAACUCCACCAGAAUGUAUAGCUAAAUGUUUUAUAUUAUCACUGGCCUUGCAUAUAUAAAUAUAAGGUGGGAUACUUAAAGCAAAACAUGAAGUGUUAUUGUAGAGCUUUUGUUGUUUUGAAUAAAUUAUGUAAAUUGACUUUGUUCUUCU